AUGUCAGAGUUCGCUACAGAUAUCCGGCUCAUGAAAGGCACCGAAAACGAGGCAGCUGAUUCACUCUCCUGCAUCACCUCCCUGAGCACUUCUACGUCAACUGUGGACUGGGAAAGUCUAGCUCGGGCGCAGAUGGAAGACCCUGAGAUGCAAGUGCUGCUGAACGCCUGCCUAUUUCAGACUACAAUCAAGAGGCUCGAUCAAUGGAUAAAGGAAUACGGCAACGUAUUCGGAUUCUUUAUAGGAGAUACGCCAUUCAUGGUGGUCAAGGAUCUGGACAUGAUAAAUGAAAUAUUCAUCAAGGAGUCAAGCAAGUUUUCAGGGCGUGGCCACAUGUUUAACAUCAUCGAGCAGGAUCCACUCUUCGCUAGGUACAUCAUCCUCUCGAAGGGUGCAGUGUGGAAGAGCUCUAGAAACUGCAUGUCGCAGUUCUUCACCUCCUCCAAGCUCAGAGCGGUGAUGCCGUCUCUGCUGCACGCCCAACAGCAGUUCAUCGAUGUCCUGGGUGAGCACGCGGAGCGCGGCGUUGACGUGGACAUCAACAGCCUCUGCGAGCGCUUCACCUUUGACGUGAUUGGCAAAGCAGCGUACGGCAUCGACACGAACGUGCAGCGAAAUCCCGAGUACCCGUUGUUCAAGGACGCACUCGCCGUCCUUCCGAACGUCACUUCGGGCCUUCUUUACCACCUUGCCCCUGCGCCGCCGCCGCCACCAGCUGCAGGAAAGCGCACCCGCGCCUCCAUAGAAACGGAUCGGCUCCUGGUCGUAGGAGUCCCAGUCGAUGGCCGCUGCCUCCACCUGGAGCGGCUCCUAGAGCGCGAGCGUCCCUUAGAGCGUUGGCGGGCGCCCACCAGCUGCACCAUCUCGGCUGCCUCCUGUUCUGCCGGUGAUCAGCUAUCUUUGCUUACUCUGACGACGCUUCCCUACUCCAACCAAGUGAUUUCUGAGACCAUGCGGCUAUACCCUCCUAUAAUCACAUUUACCUCACGUUGUGCGGACGAAGACUAUCGUUACGGAAAAUAUGUCAUCAAAGAAGGAACCUCAGUUCUGGUGCCUACGUACCAGCUGCAUCAUGAUCCACAAUACUGGAACGAGCCGGAAAAUUUUGACCCAGAAAGGUUCAGUCCGGAAAACAAGCGCUUCUUUAACCCCACUGCCUACCAGCCUUUCGGCCUGGGACCGCGUAUAUGCCUCGGUCAGCGACUAGCCCUUGCUGAGCUGGUCUCAGCUGCCGCACAAACGCUGCGCCACUAUCGCAUCACCCUGGCCAGGAGUCAGAAGUAUGACCUCGAGAUCUACACCUACUCUAUUAUGGCAGCCCCUAAAGAGACAGUGUUCAUCCGAUUACAUAAGCUGCAUGACGUGACAUAACUUCACCGUUGACGCAUCUGAAGAAUUUUGUGCUUUUCAAAGCUGCAUAAGAAUUUUUUUUAUUACGCAGCGUCAUGAUAUAAUGCUCCAAUGCCAAUGGUACUUUUGUGCAAGAAAAAUGCCAUGACCGGGCCCUUAUUAUGUGUAGGAGGGACGUCUGGAUAUACGUUAGUUGCUUGUAGAAGCACUAUUACCGGCCCUAAUCAGGUAGGUUGUGAGUGAACCAGUCCAAUAAAUAAGAGAUCACAACCUUG